CGAGAAGGUUUUAGAAAAUCUAAAGGUGCAAAUUUUAAAAUAGGUCGCGGACCCGAUGAUUCGACUCGGCGCAACGACGUUUGUCGACCCCCACUUCAGGGUAGAGAGACACAGAAUAAGCAACAUGGCUUUGUAGUUCAUAUGUAUAUACUUUGUGUUUCUGGGUAACAUGCUUGCUAACGUAGUUUAUAUAUUUGAUACACACAGAAUGAUUAUCCAUUAACAAAUUAAAUUUGUAUAUUCUGUGUUUAAGAUUAAAGGGCUUUUUAAAGUCAGACAAAUUUAUUUAUUCGAACGUAUUUAAUAUUUCAAUCUUUAGUUUAUAUGUUGAAUAUUUGGGACAAAAAUUAUUAACCUGAUUUAAAGAUAAACAAAUAUCAGCUUUGUAAAAUUAUAAACCGAUAUUAUGCUGGAAGCCUGGAACAAUUUACAUGUUAGUAACAACAUAAAAACAAAAUGAAUUGCCACCUUGCUUAAUUGUUAAUCUGGUCCUGCCUUUAGGGUAUCUAUUGGGGAGUAUCGAGAAGAGUGUGUUUCUGUUUCCUGAUUGCGCCCUUGAUUAUUAGCUAGAGCUAACUAAGUUGAAUGAUCGCGAUAGAACUUAGUUGUUCAGCAUAAAUAAUCUACAAUGUUAGAGGAUGUCUGAAUUCAUUAAACAAACUACAAACAUAUCCUUAUUUUAUAGUUAGUUAAUCAUGACUUUUUUAAGCAAUGCCGACAGGAAGCCAGGUAUAUUGAUGGUUUUGUUUCUAUUCCCAACAUAUACGCUGUGUACUAGCAUUCCAGAUUCUGAUAGAUCUGAAGCGAGCGUCUUCAAAACGUACCUGUUUGAAAAUGUCACAGCGACGGAAGAUGUAUUUCCACCUUUACCAGGUAUAUUUCAAAGCAAAUGGAUACAAUAUUUUCCACAUAUACAGUCAAUGAAAGGACAUUUUGAAGGCAUGAAUACACUUCCUCCACAGCCCAUGAUAACUUCAGCCAGAAAGACAAUAAUUUCUAUUCCGAAGAAAAUAUACAAAUUAAACGAUAUAUUCAAAGCCAAAAUUGAAGCAAUGGAUUUUAGAGGAAACCCCAAGAAAUAUGGUGGUGAUUUUUUCCGCGUGGGACUCUAUAAACCAUUUAGAGAUACUGAUGGGGUUUCUUGUGGCGUUGUGGACAAUUUGAUCGGGACUUAUGAUAUUUCGUGUCCUUUAGUCUGGGUAGGGAAUGGAGUACUGAAAGUGACAUUAAUACAUCCAAGCGAAAGUUUAUAUGGACUGAUGUUAAAUUCUUCUGGAACAAAAGAACUCGGUGUUUCACUUCGAGCAACAGUGAAAAUCAAUGGACAAGAGGAGUUGACGGAUUGCGCGUUUGGAUUUCCAGGAAAAUCAAAAUACGGAGUUUGUGAUUACUCCAACUCAAAGAAUGGAGACCCAUGGUACUGCAUGAAGCCAAAAUCAAAUCAAUGUUCAACGAAUCUAUGGAUUACAAGAUAUUUAGAUUCUGAUAAAAACCAAAAGCUUGGAAAACGACCAUAUUUUCGAAAAGGAAUAACUUGGAGAGUGAAAAUAAUGCAACCCAAUUUAACGGUACAAAUACAAGAUGGCGGGAGUAGACCGCGAUUUGCUUCCGAACUACCACGGUGUUCUGAAUUGAAACAGGUUGUUCUUAAUAAAGACCCAUCGGUUGCCACCGGAUUAGCUAUAAACGCUGGAUGGUCUUCUUUCAUUUGUCGAAAUCAUCCAUUCGAUGAAGAUAAAUUCGCAAAUUGUCUUCAGAACCAUGAAAUAAUUUUAACAGGAGAUUCCACAAUGAAACAAUGGUAUAGAUACCUAAUUUCAGCUUUUGGUGCUGAAACUUAUGGUCUGGGUGGUACGGAUUCUUCGUGGGCGGAGAGGCGUAUUGGACACCAAAGAAAAAACAAUAUAACCCUCCGAUUUUUUCCGCAUGGCCCCCCUUCUCAUCAUCCAGGACUGUCGGAAGUAAGACCGUAUAUAUCAGAUACUUUAGAUGAAAUUCCAUCGGAUAGAGACAAUAUUAUAUUUAUAUUUUCGAUUGGGCUGCACAUGAAUUUAUUUCAUCCAGAUAUAUAUUUACAACGAAUCAGAAAUAUACGUGCGUCCGUUGAAAAUUUGCAUCGGAGAUCGCCCAACAUAAAAAUAUUUGUCAGGGAACUUCACGCCCACUCCCAAUCAACCAUACUCUGUCCGUCAGAUUGGUUUAGUUAUAGAUAUAAUGUUUUGCUACGUCAAGUGUUUGAAAACGUUGACGGCGUGACUUAUCUACCAUUUUGGGAUAUGUCGGCUGUUUACAAUAAUCGUCCAUACCACCCUGGAGCACGAUUGUUGAAAUUACAGCUUGGUCUUCUUCAGUCUUUCGUUUGCAAAUGAAUAUAUUGUGUCAUCUUGAAUCAAGUCUCAAGUGAGCACCUAUAUAGAAAGGCUCCCCAUAAACAUUUCCAGCAUCCUAUUUUCAUCAUCAAUCAAAUCUUCGAGAUAGUUUUGUACUCGAAUGGAAGUACUUAUCAUCGACUUUCGACGUCUUAGCAAAAUUUAUUUAACACUUUUUUUGUUUUUACGUUUCACCAUACCUCAAUAAUAACUUAUAUUUCACAAUUUUCACAAUAAAAUAUUUACUUGAUAUCCCUCCAUAUUUAAAUAUAUUUUGCAAUAUCUAUUCAUAAGUCUCCUAAACUUAACAAUGACUAUUCUUUGCUUGUUCUUUCUGUCACAUAUCUUAGGCCUACGGCGUUGCUAACUCGAUGCAGUUUCUCGCAACUUCUUCCGAUUUGAUAAUCUGUAUUUUUACAAAAUGGAACAAUAAAUACUUCAUUCAUUCAUUAUUUUA